AUGUCUGCCGCAAAGGCAAAGGACACGGAGGCGGUGCCAGCGGUACACGAGGAGGACACACCCACGACUGCGAGGAUAGCAGCGAAGGAGGCGUCUGGAAAGGCCCUGCCGCCAUUGAAUCUCACACCGGCUGAGAGGCGCGGUCUGCUGAUAGUAGUGGGUGUGGCACUGCUCCAAGAGGUGCACUCCAGUGUAUUCCGUUGGGCUCUGGUGGGUGCCGCGUCUGCUGCAAUGGUGUACAAGAGUUUUACCCGUCCUCACCAGAGUUCGUAG